AUGAUAGGCACCAACACAGAUGAUGUAAAAAUCGUGGGAAUCUACGAUAUGGGUGGCAUCGGAAAACUGACUCUUGCUAAAGUAGUCUACAACAUGAUUACCAAGGACUUCGCUUAUUGUUGUUCCCUUGACGAUGUUAGUGAAACUGCAAACUCAAAAGGAAUUUUAUAUUUGCAGAACCGUCUAAUUUCAGCCCUUUCAAGGAAGGCAAUUCCAUUUGCUAAUAGCGUGGACGAUGGGAUAAUGAUGAUAGAGGAGAGAUUUUCCCUUAAGAAAGCUCUUAUUCUUCUUGAUGAUGUCGGUGAAAAGAGUCAAUUAACUGCACUAUUGGGGAGGCGAUGUCACUUUGGUCUAGGAAGCCGGAUACUUAUAACCACAAGAAAUGCAAUUGUCCUUCAUGGAUUUGAUGUAAAGACUUAUCAAGUUUGUGAAUUGGAUUCGAAUGCAUCGCUUCAGCUUUUCAGCAAGCAUGCUUUUAGAAGAGAUCACCCUCCACCAGAAAAAUUAGAGCUGUCUAGAGAAAUUUUGAAGAUAGCCCAAGGUCUUCCAUUGGCUAUUGAGGUAAUGGGUUCAACUUUAUCAUUGUAUGGAAAAAGAAAAGAAAUCUGGGAUGAGCUCCUAGAGAAGUGGAAAAUGGGUCCUAUUGAGGAAAUUCAAAAUAAGUUGAUGAUAAGUUAUGAAGCAUUGGAUCUUUGCGAGAAGCAAAUAUUUCUUGAUAUAGCUUGUCUUUUAAUUGGAUGUGAUAAGACUAAUGCAAUAUACAUGCGGAGAGAAAUUCAUUUACACCCAAUAAAAGGAUUUAAAGUUCUUCAAAUGAUGUCACUAAUUAAGAUUGAAAAAGGCAAUAAGUUUUGGAUGUAUGAUCAUCUCAGAAAUCUUGGUAGAGAAAUUGUUUCUCAAGAAAGUGGGGGGAAUUUAGCCCAAACCAGUAGAUUGUGGAACCAUGAGGAGGCACUGGAUGUACUACAGAGGAGUGAGGUAAAUACUGGGUCUGACUACUCAAAUAUAAUUAAGGGCUGUUUUUAG